GUCAAUCAAAAUAGAAAAAAAAAAUCGACCCCGAAUUCAACCGAUCAACACUAGCCCGCCUUUGAUAAAAUAAUCAUGUUUGGAGUUCAGUUUAUCAGAUAAAUCCUACUACAUGCUACCCAUUCACGCUAUGGUCGGUACGUAAACAUUUACCGCAUCGAAAGCGUGCAACUAAUCGCUAGCUUGCCAGAGCUAGUAGCCCUCCUCUGAAACAAGGAGAAAUGGCGUCCGCGGACGUGGACAGCAGUCAAAGCGAGUUUCUGCAACCGGAAACACAGACGACAGAUAUGUCAGCCAUUCAGCUGACGGGUUCAGACCGAUGGGAGGUGUUAACUCCUGUCUCAACUGGGAAGGAAGACCACGGAAUUGUUCACAUUCAAAACUCUGGGAUUGUCACGUCCAACGGGCAGUAUGUGCUUCCCAUCGGGAGUCUCCCCAACCAGCCCAUUUAUGUUACGGCGUCUGGGAAUGAGAAUGCAGCCAAUGGAAUGUCAGGCAUUCAGUAUCAGGUCAUCCCCCAAAUCCAAAAUGCAGAUGGGACACUUACAGGAUACACACAUGGAUUGGAUGAUGGCACGGGGCAGAUUCAUCUCCUCCAAGAUGGCGGCCAGGGCAGCAUUGGAAUCACCUGUGCCACAACAACGACCACGGACCUCCUGACGCAGGCGGGGCAUGUACAGUCAAUCCAAGGCGUCUCGCUGACCGGGGGGUCAACAUACACCGGCGCAAUGCCUGGCAACAUAACGUUCGUCCCUAUAAACAGUGUGGAUCUGGAGUCUCUAGGGCUGACUGGAGCGCACUCGGUGCCCAUCGCAACAGGGGUAACAGCUGAAGGUCAGCUGAUAAUGGGCGGCCAGACGCUGGACAAUCAUGGUCAGGAUGCUGGCGUCAAGCAGCAGCUGGUGACGGUAAGCGGCGCCAACCAACUCUACGUGCCAACCACCACUUCCUCCUCCAACCCUUCCCAUCUACCGGAGACCAUCGACGGCACCGGGGUUCUGACCCAAGCAACCGCCGUGUCUGCAGGCGUGUCCGACCCUUCAUCGGAGAACUUCAACCACAACCACCUGCAGCAAAUCCAGGUCUCAUCUUCUAACGCCACCACUAUCUCACAGCCCAUCCUGCAUUUGUCUGGAGACAGUCAGGUCCAGUUGGCUCAGGGUCAGGACAUGAAUGCAGGAGGUCAGACUCUACAGAGUGUGCAACUGGUCAACCCGGGGACCUUCCUCAUCCAGGCCCAAACUGUCACCGCUACUGGACAGAUCCAGUGGCAGACCUUCCAGGUUCAGGGCGUCCAGUCACUCCAGGGACUCCAGUUGCCCCAGGGGCAGGGACAGGCCCAGCAGCUGACCUUAGCCCCGGUCCACACUAUCCCUCUGGGCCAGACAGGCCAGGUCAACCUGCCCAACCUCCAGACAGUCACAGUGAACUCUACAGCACAAACUGGAAUUCAUUACACACAGGCGGACGACACAAACAGUCCAGCUGGUAUCCAGAUAAAGGAGGAGCCGGACACUGAGGAGUGGCAGCUGGCCGGAGACUCCACGCUGAACCCCAGCGAUCUGAACAACCUUCGUGUACCGAUUGUAGAAGAGGACAUGGAGAUGCAGGGCGGGGAGGGCAAGAGGCUGCGCAGAGUAGCCUGCACCUGCCCCAACUGCAAAGAGUCUGGAGGAAGAGGUUCAGGCAUGGGGAAGAAGAAGCAGCACAUCUGCCACAUCGCCGGCUGCGGGAAGGUUUACGGGAAGACGUCUCACCUCCGAGCUCACCUGCGCUGGCACAGCGGAGAGAGACCCUUCGUCUGCAACUGGAUGUUCUGCGGGAAGAGGUUCACCAGGAGCGACGAGCUGCAAAGACACAGGAGAACACACACAGGAGAGAAGAAGUUUGUGUGCACAGAGUGCUCCAAGAGGUUCAUGCGGAGCGACCACCUGGCCAAGCACAUAAAGACUCACACGAAUAAAAAAGGCAUGGUUCCCUCAGGCACGUCUCCGCCCGCCGAGGCCAUCAUCACCGCCGACGGAACCACGCUCAUCCUCCAGACCGCCACCCACGACCUCCUAGCCAAUCAGGAGAUCCCUUUGCAGCUGGUCACCGUGGCGUCCGGUGAGGUUAUGGAAUGAAUGGGGUGGCGUUUUGAGAACUGGCCUAUCACAGGGACCUCUUGGGCUUUUCUCUUUCCCCUCUUACCUUUUUUUUUUGUUUGUUUUUUACAUAUGAAUAUAUACGUAAAUAUAUAUGACAAAUAUAUAUAUUUUAAGAGUUAUCAUGACUUUAUGUUUGUUUUUUGCAGUCUUUUUAUAGGCGGGCAAAAAAAAAAUAACAUUUAAAUGUGGUUGCUAUGUACACACGUAAACACACACGCACACACACACACACACACACACACACACACACACACAAAAAACACGCAUUAACACUCACAACAUGAAUACUCAACACAAUGAAAUGCCUUAUUUUGUAUCAUACUCUUGUAUAAAAUGCUGGAGGUGCAUGUGUUUUUUAAGCUUUGCAGAUGAUGUAACUGUAAUGGAGAUAAAUGUGUUUGUGAAAUGGAGAUGAGGAGAAGCUUGUUAAAGAGAGAAAAGGAAGUAGUGGACCUCUCUGGGAUUCAUUAUUCUCUCUGGAGAGUUCUGACGAAACCAAGCGGUCUGUUUGAAGCAGCGCUGCAUCCACUGCUGAACUAAAGCUUUUGUUUUUAAAGGAAUAAUUCAACAUUUUGGAGAAAUACUCUUUUGCUUUUCCUUUUUUUUUUUGCAGAGUUAGAUGAGAAGAUUGGCACCACUCAUGUUUGUACGGUAAAUAUGAAGCUACUGGUUAUCUUAGCUCAGCACAAAGACUGUAAACGGGGAAACGGCUAGCCUGGCUGUCUGAAGGUAACACAAUCUGUGUGUCGGCACCACUAAAGUUAUUUAGUGAACAUGUGAUUUGUUUGUUUAAUCCGAACAAAAACCAACCCGUAAACACUCAGUUUUUUGGCGGGUUAUGUUGCCAGGCAACCAGCUGAGACUCCAGGUAGUUCAUGCUUCCAGCCAAGAAAUAGUUCAGUAAAACAGCAAAUUGUCACUUUUAGACUAAAUAUUUUGUACAGGUUAAUGUGAAUUUAGGAGCCUUAUAGGUGCUAGUAGGUGGAUUUUUGUUACCUUUCGACAGAGCCAGGCUAGCUGUUUUCAUCUGUUUUCAGUCUUAAUGCUAAGCUAAACUAGCCAGCUGCUGGCGGAGUCUUCAUACAUAGCAUACAGCUAUGUGAGUGGUAUCAAUCUUCUCAUCUAGCUCUUGUCAAGAAAGCAAACAAGCGUAUUUCCCAAAAUAUAUAAUAAUAAUAAAGCCACAGCAGCUGUCGCGCAAUAACCGACAGCCAGCUGAUGUCGCGCUGCGUUGCUUCAAGCAGAGCAGGAGGUUCAGCUGGUGGUCAGAGUAGGACGACAGUGCCGCUGUUAACUGAUCUGAAGUUGGUGUUUUCCACCUCGAGGAGGGGAAAUAGAUGCAAGCCACUCUGAGAAAACAGGGCAACUUCUUCCAGCGUCUGGUCAGUCUGAACAGAAUGUCUCAUCUGUCCUUUCCGAGCACACCGUCCGCUGUGCUUGUCCACGUCAAAGCGAGUCUUUAUUUUUCCUUUCCUUUUUCAUAUUUUUGUUGUAAAUUCAUAUUGUAUUUCUGUUUUCUGUCUCUUCGCCGAUCUGCGUGUCGUCUAAAUCGAAGCCACAUGAUGGUGAUCAUAGAAGAGUAGAGUGGUUACCUCUGAAUUCCUGCAGGGCUCUUCAUUGCCAUUGUCUGCCGCACAUGGCGGCAUGGGGAGAGAACGUGCACCGAUGUUGCCAUGUGAAGAAAAACAGAUGCAACAAAUCAGAAAGCCCCCCAAGGGUGUUUGUCAUUGAACAUUCCAGUUGGACACCAGAUGAUGUGGGAUUAGUUUUGCAAUAACUGCUCUGUUGGUAAUUCUGGCCAGAUGUCACUCAAGUCAAAAAGGAAAACAAUCAUGCCAUUGUUUGUUGUUUUUUUGUUUUUAUUUGAAUUAAUGUAAUCCCUUCCUCAGUUUGUCCUCAUGUUUGUAGCAUUCAUUUACAUGUAUAUUAUCUUAUUUUCACAUUGUUUAUAGAAGCCAUUACUUAGUUAACUGAAUUUGUUGUAUCAAAACCUUAUUUUAAGUGAUUUUUUUUAAAGAAUUGGUGUAAAAAUUGAAUGUUACCUUUUGUAAAACCUUUUUUCAAAUGGAUCACAAUAAAAGUCUGAACCUUCCAGUAA